ACAGAAAAUGUGUAAAUGCAUUUACGAGUCUGAAUUUAUUUUUUGACCAAACUUAAAACUCUUGUUUAAAGUGAUCUCUUUUUUGAAAAAAAAAGACUCGGGAUUUCAAAAUUUUCCAUAGAUAGUAUAAUUAGCGACCACAUAAUUUUAUCUUGUCAGUUUCUUCGCAGGAAAAAAAACAAGAAAAAAAAAAGAGAAAAGUUCAGACAUUCCAAUGAUGCCUCUGCUAACUCCGGCCGCCAACGGCGGCGGAGCGGUGCUCUCCUCCACCCACCACUGCUCCCUCAAAUCCGUCCACCCCGUCGCUCCCCUUUUCUCGAAACGCCGCCCCACUCUCUCAGCCUCCCGCACCAUCAAACCCCUCACGCUAGCCAACGCCGCCGAAUCCUCCGGCGGCGCCUCCGCCAAGCCCGCCUCCACGAGCACCUCCUCCUCCCCCGCCCCUUUUGACGACCAGGGCUCCAACCCGAAUCCUAUCUCGUUUGUGGGCCAAGAAAAGGUCCCGCUCGAAGGUGUUAUUCAGUUCGAGAAGCCGGACUCUUCUUCGCGUCUCGCUAAAUGGGGCCUUGUGGCCGUGUUAGCUGGCGGCGAUGUUGCAAUGUUGUUGUUGUUUGCGGCAAUUGGGAGGUCUAGCCAUGGAUUACCUGUUUUCGAUUUUGAAACCUUCAAAACCGCCGACCCUUUCAUUGCAGGGUGGUUUUUGAGUGCAUACUUUCUUGGGGGAUACAGCAAGGAAGGCCGAGGGAAGAAUGGUCUGCAGAGUGCUGUUGUUGCAGCUGCCAAAUCCUGGUCUUUGGGGAUUCCGUUAGGAUUAGUCAUAAGAGCACUAUCAAUUGGCCAUCCGCCACCAACAAACUUUAUGCUGGUUACUAUGGGAAGCACAGCUGUUUUACUUAUUGGAUGGCGAGCAUUAUUCUUCACUAUUUUCCCCUCCGACAAGGGCAAGAAGAAUGACGUGUACAAGCGUGGCAGCCCUUUUGAACUUUUUGAGUUGCUUACGUCGUUGGUGAGAAGAUGGUGAUGAGCACAGCAAUUCUUUCGACUCUAACCGCGAUUAUAUAUCCUCCUUGGAGGUAACUUUUUUGUGAUUCCUUCCUUUUGUCAUUGAAAGACAAGGAAAGUGUAAAUGAAGAGAAUACUGAUAUUUGUAUUAUUAAUACACAUUUCUUGAGAAGAUAGCUUUAAACUUCUCAAACACACAA